GCAACUCCAUGUUUACAGUCUCUCAGUUUCAAAACACGAGCACGGAAGGUGUGUUGAUAAACAGACAUGACGGUGGACAAUAUGAAAAAGAAAGCGCUGGACACAAGUUCAGAAGGAUCAGACAAUGAAAAAGUUCAACUAAAACGAACAAUUACGUUAUUCAAUGGUGUCGCUAUUAUUGUCGGGUCGAUUGUAGGAUCUGGUAUUUUUGUUUCGCCAAAAGGUGUACUAGCUGAAGCAGGGUCGUUUGGAGCAGCCUUAGUAAUAUGGAUUAUGUGUGGAUUUCUGUCAUUAAUUGGUGCCCUAUGUUAUGCCGAGUUAGGAACAACUAUCACCAGAUCAGGGGGAGACUAUGCUUAUAUCCUUGAUGCCUUUGGUCCAUGUCUUGCUUUCUUACAGCUAUGGGUUAACCUUAUAAUCAUCAGACCUACUGCCCAAGCUGUGGUAUCUUUGACAUUUGCUUACUAUGUAUUACAACCAGGAUUUGAGACAUGUGAUCCACCAAAGAUUGCUGUAAGAUUUUUAGCUGCUAUUUGCAUAAGUAUCCUAACCUUCAUUAAUGUGUAUAGUGUUAGAGCAGCCACAAGGAUACAAGAUGUGUUCACAGUUGCUAAGAUACUUGCUCUGAUAAUCAUCACCUUAACUGGUCUUGUUAUGAUAGGUCAAGGUGAAGUGGAAUAUUUUACAUUUGAGAACACAAAUGCAGAUGUUGGUAAAAUGUCACUGGCUUUGUACUCUGGACUAUUUGCUUAUGCUGGAUGGAACUUCUUGAAUUUUGUAACAGAAGAAAUGAUUGAUCCAUACAAAAAUUUACCACGUGCCAUCUAUAUCUCUAUUCCAAUUGUCAGUUUUGUCUAUGUUUUUGCUAAUGUGGCGUACAUGACAAUCAUAUCGCCACGAGAAAUGCUUGAUUCCAAUGCAGUAGCUGUUACUUUUGGAGAUAAAGUUUUUGGUGUGAUGGCCUGGAUUGUACCUGUGUUUGUAUCACUCUCAACAUUUGGAGGUGUAAAUGGUCUACUUUUCACAUCAGGACGAUUAUUCUUUGUUGGAGCUAGAGAAGGACAUCUUCCCGAUUUCUUGUCUAUGAUCCAGGUUAACAGAAGGACACCUAUGCCGGCCAUGUUGUUCACGGGAGGACUUUCUAUACUGAUGUUGAUAACCGAUGAUGUCUUUUUCCUUAUUAACUACAUGAGUUUUGUUCAAUGGCUAUCUGUUGGCAUGUCUAUAGCAGCAUUACUAUACCUUCGUUAUGCCAGACCUGAAAUGUAUCGUCCUAUAAAGUUCAACCUGGUUAUUCCAAUAACCUUCCUGCUGUGUGUUAUAUUUUUAUUGGUGGUACCUUUAUAUGCUGCUACUGAACAGACUGGUAUGGCUCUACUUAUGGUUCUGUCUGGGUUACCAGUUUAUGUUCUUGGUGUCAAGUGGAAGAGUAAACCCAAGUCUGUCAGACAAUUCAUUGCUAGUUGUACUAUACUAGGACAGAAAUGUUGUAAUGUAGUGGCACAAGAAACAGAGGUCAAGGACAGUUAAGACUAAAGAAAAUCUAGAGAUCAAAAUAAUUGCCAUUUCUUUUUUGUUAUAAAUUGUCUGUUAUUGAAAUAUUUAUUUUUGCAGAAGCAAUCUUUUUAAAAACAAUAUGUACUGCUAUUUUUCAAAUCUCUAUUGUUUUGUUUUUUCACUGAAAGCAGCUUAUACUAUUAGCCAAAAUUAAUACAUUUUUGUAUUAAUUUUUUUCAUGUUUUAUUUAUUAUGAUGCAUUUAUUUUAUUAAAUUUUUAAUAAAUAUUAACUGCUUAGGCUGAGCUAUUGAAGAAAUCAUUGAUAAAAAUGUGUUGUUAUGAAAUGGUCCAUUUAAAGGACUGCUAACUAGCAUAAGAAAUAACUUUUGACAAAAGAUGUUAUUUUAUGUCAAUUCUUAUAUAUAUAUCUAUGUAUACAAUAUUUGAAUAAUACAUUUGGAGAAAUAUUUUAAGUUUAAUUUAUAUAUCAUUUACAUUUGAUUUUAACUUUUUUUUUCAAUUUUGAAAAUGUCAAAGCCUAGCCAAUAAAAUUGGAAUGCAAUGCAAUAGGACAUAUUGUACAUUAUUUUUUUCAUUAAUAUUUAUAUAUCAUUACCAAUGGUUUGUAUUAACAUUUUAUAAAACACAUGGUGCUCACAUCUUAAGCUAUUUUUUUACAAGUAGCAAGACCUGUAUCUUGAAUAUUUGGAAUUAAUAAAAUAGAAAUUAAUGUAUAAAAUUUAUAAAAUGCAUGAUCUUGUUAGAAAAAAAGUAUUUUGAGAACAUAAAACAUUUACAACUGAUCAACGCUAUUUCAAAUAUUUCUAAGUAAAAAGUCUGUCCCAUUAAACAAAUCAACUGCCGAGAUUUCAAAAUUCCUGUAAUCUCAAAUUUUCUUUGGCAGUUGUCUCACUCAAACGUUUCGACUGCAUUUAUAUUUGUGUAUUUAAAGUGGUGUUCAAACAAGUAUCACUCUAAAAAUAGCAUUGAAAUUUUAUUAUCUGGUAAAAAUCUAUUGUCUUCUUUUUGCUACUUGUUAUUACAUAAGAGUUUCUGUGAUUGAAAAAAUAGAUAAGUCAAAGGUGUUUUAAAAUUUGGUGUAAAAGUUGAUGAAAGACUGCAAUUCAGGCAAAUAGUCUUCAUUCUUCCAUGACAGACUCUAAAUUUUGCUCAUAAAAAUAUCAAUUAUUGUACGGUUAAACUGUAUAAAAAAAAUAAGAUACAAUUAUGAUAUUCUGUUAUAAGGCAUGUUAAAAUGUUCCUGAUUGUAAAACAUUGUUUAUUGAGAUAUUAUUUGCAAAAAAUUUUUUUUUUUAUAAUUUCAUGAAAAACUGUUGCUACUCUACAUUGAUAUUGCUCAGUUGAAAUGUUACAUAUAUUAAAAAAAAUCGUUGAAGCUCAGUUGAAAUAUUUCAUAUAUUAAAAAAUUCAUUGAA